CCUUAUAAGCGGCGGACGGGCGGGCGCUUCGCGGUUUGAAUGGCUACGGGCCCGGGCCCGCAGCUCACCUGAGGACUGGCCGCCCAAGGGUGCGCCAUGCCAUCUGGAGGCGACCAGUCGCCGCCACCCUCGCCGCCCCCUCCGGCGGCGGCAGGCUCCGAGGAAGAGGAGGAGGAGGACGAUGACGACGGGGAGGCGGAGGACUCCGCGCAGCCGACGCGGACGCCGACUCCGCAGACCCAGCAGCGGUUCGACGAGCUGUGCUGCCGCCUCAACAUGGACGAGGCGGCGCGGACGGAGGCCUGGGACAGCUACCGGAGCAUGAGCGAGAGCUACACGCUGGAGGGAAAUGAUCUUCACUGGUUGGCAUGUGCCUUAUAUGUGGCUUGCAGAAAAUCUGUGCCAACUGUAAGCAAAGGGACAGCUGAAGGAAACUAUGUGUCUUUAACCAGACUCCUGCGAUGCUCAGAGCAGAGCUUGAUUGAAUUUUUUAACAAGAUGAAGAAGUGGGAAGAGAUGGCAAAUCUACCCCAAGAUUUCAGAGAACGGACUGAGAGAUUAGAAAGAAACUUCACCGUGUCUGCUGUAAUUUUUAAGAAAUACGAGCCCAUUUUUCAGGACAUUUUCAAAUAUCCUCAGGAGGAGCAGCCUCGGCAACAAAGAGGAAGAAAGCAACGGCGACAGCCCUGUACGGUGUCUGAAAUUUUCCACUUUUGUUGGGUGCUUUUUAUAUAUGCGAAAGGCAAUUUCCCCAUGAUUAGUGAUGACUUGGUCAACUCUUACCAUCUGCUGCUGUGUGCUUUGGACUUAGUUUAUGGAAAUGCCCUGCAAUGUUCCAAUCGUAAAGAACUUGUGAACCCUAAUUUUAAAGGCCUGUCGGAAGAUGGCCAUGCUAAGGACUUCAAGCCUUCCUCCGACCCACCCUGUGUCAUCGAGAAGCUCUGCUCCUUACAUGACGGCCUCGUGCUGGAAGCAAAGGGCAUAAAGGAGCACUUCUGGAAACCCUACAUAAGGAGACUCUACGAAAAGAAGCUCCUUAAGGGAAAAGAAGAAAACCUUACAGGGUUUCUAGAGCCUGGGAACUUUGGAGAGAAUUUGAAAGCCAUCAAUAAGGCCUAUGAGGAGUAUGUCCUGACCGUUGGGAACUUCGAUGAGCGGGUGUUUCUUGGAGAGGACGCGGAGGAGGAAAUGGGGGCGCUCUCCAGGUCUCUGGGUGCCGGGCCGGGCGCGGAGCCUGCCGAGAGGGUGCCGAUGAAGAGCAUCUUGCAGCAGCACUUGGACAAGUCUAAAGCACUUAGAAUCUCCACGCCGCUCACUGCGGUGAGGUACAUUAAGGAUAAUAGCAGCCCUUGUGUGACUCCGGUUUCUGCAGCCACACACAGCCUGAGCCGUCUCCACACCAUGCUGGCGGGCCUCCGAAACGCACCCAGUGAGAGACUGGGACAGAUCCUCAGGACAUGUUGUAGAGAUCCAACCCAGGCUAUUGCCAACAGAUUGAAAGAAAUGUAUGAGACAUAUUCUCAGCAUUCCCAGCCAGAUGAGGAAUUCAGUAAUUGUGCUAAAGAAAUUGCCAGCAGACACUUUCGUUUUGCAGAGAUGCUUUACUAUAAAGUAUUAGAAACCAUUAUUGAGCAGGAACAAAAGAGACUGGGAGACAUGGAUUUAUCUGGCAUUCUGGAACAAGAUGCAUUCCACAGAUCACUCUUGGCCUGCUGCCUCGAGGUUGUCACUUUUUCUUAUAAGCCUCCUGGGAAUUUUCCAUUCAUUACCGAGAUAUUUGAUGUGCCACUUUAUCACUUUUAUAAGGUGAUAGAAGUAUUCAUCCGGGCAGAAGAUGGCCUUUGCAGAGAGGUGGUGAAACACCUCAAUCAGAUUGAAGAACAGAUCUUGGAUCAUCUGGCCUGGAAGCCAGAGUCUCCGCUCUGGGACAGGAUUAGAGAGAACGACAACCGAGUCCCCACCUGUGAAGAGGUCAUGCCGCCGCAGAACCUGGAAAGAGCAGAUGACAUGUGUAUGGCUGGCACCCCUUUGACUCCCAGAAGAGUGAGUGAAGUUCGUGCCGAGACUGGAGGGCUUGGAAGAAGCAUCACCUCUCCAACCACAUUAUAUGAGAGGUACAGCUCCCCAACCGCCAGCUCCACCCGAAGACGGCUCUUCGUCGAGAACGACAGCCCCUCUGACAGAGGAGCACCCGGGCGCGGGCCCCCACAGCCCCUGGUCAGUGCUGUCCCCGUGCAGAAUGUGCCUGGGGAGGCGGUUCCUGUCACACCAGUUCCUGGACAGACUUUGGUCACCAUGGCAACAGCCACAGUCACAGCCAACAAUGGACAAACUGUGACCAUUCCUGUACAAGGUAUUGCCAAUGAAAAUGGAGGGAUAACUUUCUUCCCGGUCCAAGUCAAUGUUGGGGGGCAGGCAUCAGCCGUGACGGGCUCCAUGCAGCCCCUCAGUGCCCAGGCCCUGGCUGGGAACUUGAGCUCUCAACAGGUGACAGGAACCAGCUUGCAAGUGCCGGGGCAGGUGGCCAUUCAGCAGCUCUCCCCAGGGGCACAGCAGAAGCAAGGCCCCCCCUUACCCAGCGGCAGCGGCAGGCCCAGGAAGACCAGCUCUUUAUCGCUGUUCUUUAGAAAGGUUUACCACUUAGCAGGUGUCCGCCUUCGGGAUCUUUGUGCUAAGCUGGAUAUUUCAGAUGAGCUAAGGAAAAAAAUCUGGACCUGCUUUGAAUUCUCCAUAGUUCAGUGUCCUGAACUUAUGAUGGACAGACACCUGGACCAGUUGUUAAUGUGUGCCAUUUAUGUGAUGGCAAAGGUCACAAAAGAGGACAAGUCCUUCCAGAACAUUAUGCGUUGUUACAGGACUCAGCCACAGGCCCGGAGCCAGGUGUAUAGAAGUGUUUUGAUAAAAGGGAGAAGGAAAAGAAGAAAUUCUGGCAGCAGUGAAAGCAGAAGCCAUCAGAAUUCUCCAACAGAACUAAACAAAGACAGAACCAGUAGAGACUCCAGUCCUGUCAUGAGGUCCAGCAGCACCUUGCCUGUCCCACAGCCCAGCAGCGCCCCUCCUACACCCACCCGCCUCACAGGCGCCAACAGUGACCUGGAGGAGGAGGAGAGGGGAGACCUCAUCCAGUUCUACAACAAUGUCUACGUCAAACAAAUUAAAACGUUUGCCCUGAAGUACUCACAGGCCAACAUGACGGAGGCCCCUCCGCUGUCUCCCUACCCAUUUGUAAGAGCAGGCUCCCCGCGCCGCGUGCAGCUGUCUCAGAACCAUCCCGUCUACAUUUCCCCGCAUAAACACGAAAUCGUGCUUUCUCCUCGAGAAAAGAUUUUCUACUACUUCAGCAACAGUCCUUCCAAGAGACUAAGAGAAAUUAACAGUAUGAUACGGACAGGAGAAACUCCAACCAAAAAGAGAGGGAUUCUUUUGGAAGAUGGAAGUGAAUCGCCUGCCAAACGAAUUUGCCCAGAAAAUCAUACCGCCUUAAUACGCCGUCUCCAAGAUGUAGCUAAUGACCGAGGUUCCCACUGAGCUCCGGAGCCUGCGGGGCGGGACACGCCCUUGGCCACCGGUCCCCCACACUGGUUCUGGACCUGGUUCUGGACCUGGUUCCGGCCGGGGAGCUUGGAGUUGCCCUCAAGACCCGAAGAAAUGAUUUAUUCCCCACCUCUGACCAAUCAGCGCCCAGCACGACCCCACCCCCCAACCCCCACUGCCAUGUGAUUCGCCCCCCACACGCUGUACCCCUCCAGCCCCAAUAAACGAAUCAGCGCCUUUUUGGACUGCA